CAUCGAGUUUAUGGAUUCUGAACAAAAGCUACACGGGGAUGUAAUGGGUGGGGGGAAUUAGUCCCCAAACUAAUCGAUUGGCAAUUUUUUAAUUUUUCUAAGGUUGGAACACAUUUUUUUCGUCGGUUCUCUCUUACUUAAAACUCGUAAUAAAACAUUCUCAUGAACGCGCAUUUCAAUUCAGUUUUUCUUUGUUUAUAAAUUUAUCAUCAUUAAGCCUUUUUUAUUUUUUUAAAUGCUCAGAAGAUACGCAUUUUGAUCGGUAUCGAUUAUUUAAAGUAAGCUUUCAAACGUCUAAUACAAUGGCAGUUUAACCAUCUUUUGAAAGAUUUCGAUACAUAUUUUCGAUGACCAAGUAACCGAAACUGAUUUGUUGACAGAUAAAGUGAACUGUAAACAAUUAAAAAGAGUGAACGAGGAGCAUGUUUUCCAAUAAAGAGAUUGGUAAUUGAUAAGAUGGCCUACUAUAAUCAGUCAGAGUUUCAGAAUCAGUCCAUGAGAGAUGGCCUCCCUUUCCGACAUCAAAAUAUGUCUCUUUCUACAGAAUAUGAUUACCAGCAAGCUAUGGCUCAGCAUGCUGCUGCUGUCAAUGCUGCGAACAGUUCUUCGUUACAUUCAGCUAUGGCCCAGAUGCCCUCAUUACCAGCUGCACUUAAUUUAUCUGUGAACUCUGUUAAUCAAGGUUAUUCAGCUUCUGGUCUAGGUUCAUCUUUAGGUAACAGUAAUGCUGCCUAUCAUUACUCUUAUGGGUCUUUAGGAUCUUCAGGGAGUGGGAGUGGCAAUAGUGUUGUUGGACAGCAUCAUGUUGGACAUGUUGGUCACCAUCAUCACACUGGUGGUGGAAAAUCAAAAAAGAAGUACAAAUUAAACAAAGACGGUAUUCCGCCACCUAAAAGAGCAACUACAGCAUAUAUUCAUUUUACACAAUGGUAUAGAGAAGAACUUAAAAGGAGUGGGAGAGAGAUUCCUAAGAUCGGAGAGUUCGGUAAAGAAUGUGCUGCUAAAUGGAAUGCUAUGAAUGAUGAGCAGAAAGAACCUUUUUUAGAUUCUGCGGGAAGGGACAGAGAACGUUAUAAGCGUGAAAUGUCCAUAUACAAGCCAGCCAGAGAUGCUAAUAAACCCAAGCGCCCUGGUACUGCAUUUAUGCUGUUUAUGGCAGAUUUUAGGAAAGAAAUGGCUGGAAAAGAGCCUGAAGGUGGUGUAGCUGCUAUGGCUAAACUAGGUGGGGAAAGGUGGAGAAGUAUGACUGAUGAAGAGAAAGCGCCUUAUGUUGAACAGCAAUUAGAAGCAAAACUACGAUAUGAGCAUUCCAUGGAAGAGUAUAGAAGAACUCAAAACUUAGAAGCUCAAAAUCAGGCAGCUAAAGCAAGAGCAGCUGCAGAGGAAGAAAAUCGAAGCAGCCCUUCUGAUAACUUUAAUAUGUGUCAGCAAGGCAAUUCUCAGCAGCAGCAGCAACAACAACAACAGCAGCAGCAACAACAACAACAGCAGCAGCAGCAACAACAACAACAACAACAACAGCAGCAGCAACAACAGCAGCAGCAGCAGCAAAUGACACGCUCUCAGCCGACACCUCCUUCUGGAUGUUCGACUCCAGCAUCCACUGCCUCUUCGCCGGCUGCGCAAGAUCUCAGUUCGAGUCCCUCUGGUAUGAAUACUCCAUCUUCUGCGGCUCAAACCUCAGGAGCUAAUGUUGGCCCUCUGCCAUCGUUUUCCACAUCUCUGGCAUUGUCUCAUCCUGGCCUCUCUAAUCCUCAUGCCACAUCUCUGGCCAUGUCCUAUGCACAGUAUUCGCUUCCUAGUUUUGCCCAUGCCGGGGUCUUGGCUGCAAAUUAUACUCAAGCUCACUCUCACAACACGACCACCGCGGCCGCCCAUAUGCCAUCAGCAGCUUCGUCUUCUACUUACAGUCAGGCUCAGGCCCACAUGCAAGAUCCUUACAGGUGGACCUAAGCACUCUGUGGUGAGUGAAAAAAAGAUAUCUUCCUUUCUAGGACAACAAUUACAGGGCAAAAAGAUUCCGAUGGCAAUCGAUGCAGCUCUAUUCAGAGAUAUGCACAGUUUUUUGUGCAUUUAACCUUCCCUUUAAAACACUGAUUUUGAGUCUGCUUUUUCUGGAGGUACCUGUGAUGUGUUGGUUCCACGUCGUCAUGCACAGUAUUUCUCUUGUACUUGUACCCUAGUCUGCGCCUUUUAAGAUAUUGACAGACUUCAUAUUGUUCGGAAACUUUAUAUUUGUCUCAUAUCACCGAAAGAUCUGACCAUCGGAUUCUGAGACAGAAUGUUUGGUAUAAAUAUAUACAGUGUGGUAAAAUGUUGGAAAGAUGAACAAAAAAUUAUAAAUAAGCAUGCCAAGAGUACUUUUAAUCAUCAAAUUAAAUUUAUUUAUGUUUUGUCAUUGCAAAUUCAUUUUUUAAUAAUGAGUCAAGUCAUCAAUCCAUACUGUUUUUAUAUCGAUUCUGUAUGUUGAAGACAUUUAUGUUUGUAUAAUAUGACAUGAAUUUUUGUACAAUUUUUUUUAUAUUUUGCCAUAUAAAUUUGUUUUAUAAUUGUUAAUGUCUUGUGCAAUGACAACAAGUAACAUAUCUUUUUAUUUGCACAAAAUGCAUUUUUUUUCCUUGUUUUAGUUUGUUCAUGUUUUUUAACAUUUUACUGUUAAAACUGGCUCUUGUAAUUCUAUGACUUUACAGAGCUGAAUUCACAUAAUAUGUGAAAAGAUAUAGCUUGUACAGAGUCCUGCAAGCCUCUUUUUGUAAAUAUUCCAUGACAUCAAAUCUGUUUGAAAUUUUGCCAACAAGUGCACAAUCUUAGUUGCAAUUUUUAUCAUCUCUCUCUCUUUUUUUUGAAAGCAGAAGUUAAUAGAUUUUUUUUUUCUUUUGAAUUGUGUAAAUAAACUAUUGAUUUUGAAAUGAACUUUAUUUUUAGAAUUAUGUUGAAAUUUCCACAAUUCUCAUUUUUCUGCUUUUUGUAAAUAUAAUCUGUUUAUUUGCAAUAUAUGAGGGUCCUACAAGUUUUCAAUUAGUCACAAAUAUUUCCACAUAUAUAUCCAUUUUUAUAUUUUUGCCUUUUUAUCCUUUUGUUACAUUUUUUAAUGGUGAAAUGAAUCAAAAUAUUAUAUCCUCCUAUACUUUAUUCAGUAGUAAUGAUUUUGCCAUGUCAAGGAAAGUUAAAUAUAAAUAGGUUACUUCAGCAUAGUUAGUCAAUUUAGAUUUCUUUUGUUUUAUUGCUCUGAAAUUCAUAUUGACAAAAUUUUUUAUCAAAGUCAUUAUCUAAAUGUUUUGAAUUCUCACAGGGUAUUUAUUAGUUGAGCUUAAAAUGGAUUUACAUUAAUUUGUAUUUUAGCACAUGACUGAUAUAAUAAAUGAAUUUUGCGUGUGUUGCAUCUUACCUAGAUGCCUAUUGCGAUGAUUUUUUAAUUUUUUUACUCAUUGAAAAAUAUAAAAAAUGAGCAGUGUUAAAUAAUUCAUAAAAUUGAAUCUAUGAAUAAGAUCUAUGUUGAUUUCAACAAUUAAUUCCUUAUAAUUUUAACCAUAGAUUUCAUAAUUUUUUAAUUAUUUUUUUAUAUCAUGAUCAUGUUGGUUUUUAAUACAUUCAUUUUUGUUUGCACAAUAUUUGAAAUUAGAUGUGAUGCAAAUUUUUGACGCACAUUUUUAUAAGGUAAUAACAAUUCUAUUGCUCGCAUUUUUUCUUCCUCUUUAUUUUGUAUUGCAUGAAAUUUCUUCAAAUGUCAUAGUUUUCUUAUUUUUUUAUGAUUUAUAAUUAUUUAUCCAUCUCAUUUCAUUUUUAAAAAAAAACCUGUUUAUUAUUUUGUGCGCUUUUUGCAAACAGAUUCCCUUUCCCUUCUGUAUGAAUAAGGCAAGCUUACUAUAUUUUAUAUGAAGCUCUAUUAAUCGGUAAAAUUCAUACUAUAUAUUUUUUUUAAUUGAAACUGAUCUCCCUCCCCUUUCUCUCCCUCAAUCUGUCAGGGUGCUUGAGAGUGAGGCUACUAGGUUUGCAGGACUUGUCAGGCUGUGUUUAAGAGUAAAAACUUAGAAGUAUUAGAUUAUUGCUGUCAGGGCUUCUUAAAGUAUGGCCAUUGAAGCCUGUUAGCAAGCUGUUACGGAAAACUUCAAUGUUGAUUGGAGAUUUCAUGAAUUCAUUUCAUGCAAAUUUUGUCGUAAAUUAAAAAUGUCUAUUAAACUAAAUUAAUCUUUUGUUUGUUUUUAAAUCAAUACAUCAUUGAUAUGAUUGAUGAUGUCUGUACAAUUGAUCUCUUUUAAAGCGGUGGGGGUCUUUUUGUCUAUGUGUGUUUGAGGAAAAUUUUAAGAAGCCCUGAUCUAUAUGAAUAUAGUAAAAUUUUCAUUUUUUAAGAAAUGGAUUUAAGAUUGUAAAGAAUAAACUGCUCUAAUUUUAAAUGAAAAUGAAGACUAUUUAAGGUGUUGGUAUCAUAUUUCAUGCUGUAUAUUUGAUCUGAAUCCUAGGUACUUUUAAGUGCAAAGAAAAAGGUUUUUGUGAAUUAAAUUUGUAUUUCAGUAUUAUCCUGUAAAGCCUAUACAUAUACAUAUAUAUAUUUAUCUUUAGAUAAUACUAUCCAUCAAUGUAGCAUUUUAUUCUUUUGAUAUGUGUGUACUUAAGAGCAUGGCCCUCUUAUUAUGCGUGCCUCUGUAGAUAUUAUUAAAACAAAAUGCUUAGCCUAAAUGAAGUGCUUUGUUGUCUUGGUCAGGCGUUACAUUACUUUUCUUGUAAUUUGGAGGGGGGGGGGGCAUUCAGAAAAGAAAAAUGCUGCCUGUUUUCAAGGGUUGCUCGCACUAAUUUUAAGUUAUAAAGCUUUUUAAGUUUUUAGAGAAAUAUAUACUGUUUAAUGUUUUUAUUAUGUAGUGCAUUUGAUUUAAAUAUGAUCAAUUUGAUAUGCAGAGCUUCAAAUUCAACAUUUAGUUUUUUACAUUAUUUGUUUUCCUGAUUGUAAUUGGAUACUUUGUUUAAAUAAUCAUUGUACCUCAUGAAAAUUAAAAUCCAGGAGACAGGUACAUAAACAGUACUGCUGCUAUAAUAAGUCUUAUGACUUUCAGAAGUGCAUCUGUAUGCUGUUAUUUUAUCAAAAUACUAACCUCGUCAUCAUUGUGACCACAUUUUUGGCCAUACCUCGAUAGUGACUUUCAAUUCACCUCUAUUAAUUUUAUCUCAAUGCAAGAUCUGCUGUCUGUGAUACUUCGUCACAAAUCAUUGUGGAACAUUGUUGCUUCCAUUUGUAUCUUACAUUUGUUCAUAAAAUAAUACCCUGAAAGCAACUCAACCCCGUGAAAUCUGCUAGUAUUUACGUAGAAGUCAUCUCAUUGUUGAGUUACUUAAAUCUUCCCUUUGGCGAAACAAAAAGUAGAUUUUAUCCUGUAAGCGAAUUAAGUUAGUCUUCUGUAUGAAUCUUUUCCCAAAUGUUGCAAUUUUGGAGUGACUGCAUAUAACUGGCAACUGAAAUUUUAAAAUUCUUUGUCCUGUUUAUUUUUAAUGAAAUAAAUGCACCAUGUUUUUUUAAUUAUUAUUUGAUGAUAAUUUCUGAAGACCUAAUUUUUAUUUUGGCAAUGUUAGAUUUCUAAGCCUGUACAAAUUCUGCUACUCUUCACUUUGCUACUCAUCUUGGUCAUGAAUACCACUCAGAAAAAUAGCCUUUUUGUGUACAAAUUUCAGGGUGUGAAUAAAUAUAAGAACAACUAUGCAUUAUUGUACCAUAUUUGAUAAUAGAUUUUUAUAUCAGAUGUAAAUCACAGAAAUCUGUCUUGUAAAAGUGUCAUUUCCUAUGUAUUUGGUUACAUAAUAGUUUUCUCUUCUGUCCUACGUAGGAUCUGAGUAGCAUUGUGAAUAUGAAUAAUUUAAAUCUAUAUAUCUUUAACAUGUUUGUAAACUUUUAUGUGCACCAAAAGUUACAUUUAUUAUUAGGGGGCAAUAUGCAUAUUUUAUUGCAAAUUCUUAUUUGAUAAUUAUGUGUAUUGUGUAUGCUUUGUUAUAUUUCUGGAUUCAAGGUUAAAAUUAGAUUAUUGUGCUUUAAACCUGCUUGCAGUUUUUAAUGAGCACAUAAUUUUAAUUCAGAUGUAAUGUAUUUAGCGAUGAAUAAUAUCCAAUGCACUUCUGUAGGUUGUGAUUUGACAAAAAAAAUUUCUGUCCAUUAUACUUCUGAUAAACAAGGUCUCAUUUAUUAUUUAAAGUUGUUUUGUGAAGCAUUCAAACCCGGUGAAAUUUAAUCUAUAAAUUACUGUGCUGGUUUUUUUACUGCGAAACAAAAUUUCCUAGUGUUUUCUCUUAUGUUUUCAGUAUAUAUAGUUGUUAGAAUAUAAAGUGAGGUGGUUUUUUUUCGUCUUUUCUUUUAAUGCUUUUGCCAAAAUUGUUAUUUUAUUUUGGCUUUGAACUCCAUAAUUUUUAUAUUAUAUUAAUGUAGUGAAAGUAAUUCUGCUUUUGAAUUGAAUAUUUAAUUUUUAAAACCUUUAUUAAUUAAUAAUAUUUUGAUGUUUAAAAUUAAAUAUUGCAUGCUAUAUGGCUCUAAGAUUUGUAAGUUACUUCUCAGUGGACAUACUUACCUCAUUAGUAUCUUGCUCUUAGCAGGGAAAAAAAUUAAGUGCCCAUUAUUCUAACUCAAAAUAAAAUGUUCUUUUUUUUAUGAUCGAAUACCUCUGCAGAUAUUUUUGUAUUGAUACUACAGUGGAUUUCCCAUCAAUAUUUUCUUGCUUAAUAUGCAUUAGAUUAAUUAUCUAAAUAGCUCAUUUGUUUAGUUUUACAAAAAAGUAUAACUGACAUAUUUAUGUAGAUAGUUCAGUUUUGUGAAUUGGUCUUUAAUAUCUUAUUUUAUACAUUUUGAUCCAAUAGUCUCAGGAAACUCAAUAAUCAUUUUAAUAGAGAUUAAUGUAAUUAUUCUUUGGUCAAACUUGUUUUCCCUCAAUUAACCAUGAAUUUAAAAUUUUCAAUCCUCUGUUCAUGUAUUAUAUUUAGCAUGAUUUUUAGUUGGUAAUACAAUUAAUUAUGUAUUUAGCAUUGUUUUAUUUUUAAAAUCAGGUAAGUACUUAAUUAUGUUAUGCAGAACUAAAUAUAUGUUAAAAUUAAAUUUUUUGCACAUGGUGCAUUUUUUUUUCAUUUUAAUAGUAUGUUUUUUUUUAUUGUUCACAUUUUAAAAUAAAUGGAAUGUUUUCUGUUGUGGGCUGUGCUACUGCUCACUGUUAUGUUUCAUUUUAAUUCAUCACUUUUAUCGUGAUAUUGUUAUGAUUUUAAUUAUCAUUGUUCUAGCAUUUUAAAAACAUAGCUGCAUUAAUCAUUUUCAUAAACUUAGAGGAGUAAACUUUUACAAAAUCUCCGGUGUUCAUAAUUUUGUAUGUAGCAUAUUCAUCUUCAACUUAAGUGUCAUGUUUGUGCCAUUAUAAGUUUACAAGUGGAGCCAAUCUAUAGCCAUAAUUUUAAUCUACUUAAUUUCAUGAUUGUAUUACUUUUUUUACAUACGGUUUAUUAUUUUAAUCAAGAAGUUCUAUGAAAACUUGUUUUAACAUAAAAGGAACUUUUAAAAGAAAUGUGCAGCUAAUAUAAUGUGUAUGGCACAGGAUUCUAUUUAAAUGAUCUGUUACUUUUCAAAUGAAAAAGCUUUACCUCCUAACUGUAAAAAGAUAUGCUAUAUUUGACAUCUGGCACCAAGUUUUGUGCUUUGUAAAUAGGUUUUCCCUUGAUUACUAUUGUAAUACAUUUUGGACUAAUUGAAAAAUAUAUUCAAUUUCUAUAUUAGUGAAAAAUAAUGUAGUUAAAAAGUGCAUCUUGUAGUUGUAAGAUAAACAAUGUCUAUGUUCAAAUUAAAAUUAUUUGUUAAAAGAAGUAGUUUUCAUGUUCCUUAGUAAAUUCCCUGGCUAAUUGUUUUACAUUUAAUUGUUUAAUUCUUAGAUUUCUUACCUACCUCUGUUUUUCUUAUAAGUUAUUCAUAGUUAAUUGACUGUAACUUACAAAAGUGGCAUUGUAUUUAUUUCUGAGACAUUGAAAACAUUCCAAAUUGGCAUAUAUCCAUGUGGUUAUCAAAUUUUAAUUAAUUCUGGACAUCUGUUAUUUAAUAAGAAAACUAACUCAUUGGAUAAAGUAAUCAGCCUAGUAAGCAUUUAUAUAUGGAACAAGGUUGAUAUUAUGCAUUAUGAGCUAACUCAAGGUUCCCUGUACUUUUUUGAAUUCGAAGAUAGUAAUCAUAAUAACUAUAAUGUUAUUUAAAUAGAUGUUAUAUAAAUAAGUUUUAGCCUAACUCAAUUUUGGAAUGUUUGUUAAUUAUUGUGCCAUGCAGCAGUAUUUAGCUGUAUGCUUUUCUGCAUUCAAAGGAUGUGUUAUAUUGAAUUAGAAUUUAGAUUUAAUAUGUGUCAGUAUUAUUUUGUGUGAUUUAAACUCAACAUAGAUUUUAUUUGCUUGUUUGCAUGAUAUUCAUCAAAACUUUUGUUUUGUUUUUGAAAUGAUGAUAAUGAUUUGCCUUUAGUUUCAUUUUUAGCAUUUGUUGAUUCUUCAGUGUAUUUUUCAAACAUUGUUCCAUGGUCCUCAAUUAUUUUUUUAAAAAAUUUAUAAAAUUAUUUUUUUCUGAAUGUAAAAUUAAAUUUUAAAAUCUUAAUAUUAAAUUUUAAUUUUAAAAUCUUUUAGAUUAUGAAUUGAUGAAAAGAUUUCAAUUAAAAAUUUUGAUAUCUGUAAAUUUUUUCAAUUAAAAGUCUCAGUUCAAAAAGACAUCUUGAUUGAAAUUUUCCUUUAAGGAUUUAUUGAGGCAAAAAAUAUAGAGCCAUUAUAACUUUUUAAUUAAAAAUUUGAGGGCAAAAUUGUUUUUUAAAACAAAAAUAAAGAUACUUGGCAGUAUCAGCCCAUUCCAUCUCAUUUUUUCUCUUUGCUCAAUUCAGGUAUCAUUGUACAUUUAUUGGGUAUGCACUGUACAGUUUUCAAGAUCGUUAAAAUAUUCAAUUUCUUCUUCUAUAUGCCUUAUUAUUUUAUAAUGUUUAUGUACAGCUUUUUUGUAAAAAAUCUGUGUCAUAUUGUUUAAUUUAAAUUUAAAUCAUUUUGAAGGAAUCAUUGUUAAUUCACAUAUUUCAGUUUUGUUAAAAUCAAAAUUUCGUACUUAAGACUAUUUUUUAUUAAAUUUCACCCAGGUGAGAAAAAUGGUUACCAAUUAAUUUGGUGCCAAAUUUAUUAUUUUAUAUAUGUAUAUAUAUUUUUUUAGUGCUUACAUAGUCUUUAUUGAUUUCUUUUUAAUAUGUUGUAUAUUGCCAAAAAAAAAAUGUUUAAUAUUGAACAGCCUAGAGUUAAAUUGAGGUUUGGUGCAUGUUUUUAAAGACUUUUGAACACCAUAGAAAUUCCAGUAUAAUAUGAAAAAUUUGCAGCAAGCACAGUUGUGCUUAGCAUUUAAAAUAUAUAUCUAUCACUUCUGUGGUAAAGUAUUCAAUUUAAUACUGAUGUGAUUAUAAAACUGGAAUGGAAUAUUGGUAAAAUUUGGUACAGGGUACCUGUAGGUUUAAUGUCAGUCAAGAUUUGUUUCCCUGAACAUGUGUUGUGUAAUUGCUAGCUUAUUAAAUGGAUUAUUUGUA